GAGAAAUAGGUAACUAUUCUACACCAAAUCUUUUGUGUAUUUGUGCAGUAGUAUUUUGUUGUGUUUCCCGUAAUAUUUUUAUCUGACGACUUCCGACAUGCUUGGUUGAAGAGGGUGCAUUUUGACACGACCUCGUAACGCCACGUGCGUAUUGACUCGUGAACAGGCUCUUUUUUUAAUAGGGUUUGUUUACAAGCGUUUAGGAAUUACUAUCUAUUAAAUUACAGUAAUGAUACAGAAAAGAGGAGGAGGUUUCGUACAGUUAGCCAUAUAGAAAGCUAUCGGGAACCAAACCCAGUUUUUAAAAGUGCCUGAAGAAGAUGAAGGAAAAACUGGAACGAAUUGGCAUUGGCAAAUGCAGGGGACGAACCCACAGUCCUAAACCACGCAAACCGGCAACAAACUUCAGUGUCAGUCCAACUGUCAAGGAGUUUCAGGAGAUGAAAAUCAAAAGUGAAGAGGAAGAGGAGAUAGAAGAGAGGAAGAGCGAUGAUGCAGCUCCUUCACUGCCUCAACCCUCCCCAGUAGUGAUCCCCAUCAGAAAGGGCCGCAAAGGAUCCAAGUGGCAGGCUUCGGGGUUCAUCACCAAAGUGGGGGACCAGAUCUCCUCCUACACUGCAGAGAGUGGAGUUACAUACAGACAUGGAGACACGGUGUACUUGGAGAAUCCCAGGAUUGACAACCCGUAUUAUGUGUGCAGCAUCAAGGAGUUCAGACUGACAAAGAAAGAUACUUUGGUGGUGACGAUCAAGUGGUACUUCAGGUCGUCAGAAGUUCCGUACAGUGUCUACCAACUCCUAGUACAAGACAGACACACAGAGAACAGCACUGGACGGGAUUCAGCUUUGAAUGAUCCAAAGAUCAAGAGCAGAGAACUCUUUAUCUCCAACGCGUCGGACACCUACCCUGUUAAGGCACUAAGAGGAAAGUGUAGGGUUGAACACUUCCAAGACAUCUACUCUGCGAAGAACUUCAAGCCAAAAGAGGACACCUUCUUCUAUGUGUUAGAGUAUAAUCCCAAAACCAAAAGACUGGCCACCACGCAGGGUGAAAUUCGUGUGGGUCCGAGCCACCAGGCUCGGCUGCCAGAAUUCAGGCGAGAUGUUCCUCCGAGCCAAAUGCCGGAGAAUCCGGAGCGAUGGGAGGAGCUCCGGUGGCGGCCGUUUUCUGUCGGGGACGGGGACUUGAUGAUGUACCUCAGGGCAGCAAGAAGUGUGGCAGCAUUUGCAGGGAUGUGUGAUGGGGGGUCAACAGAAGAUGGCUGUCAGGCAGCCUCAAUGGAUGAAACAACCAUCAAUGCCAUGGAUACGCUUCAUCGUUGUAAUUACGAUCAUGGAAAGGCGCUACAAGCACUGGUCAAGUCUCCGGCCCUCCGCAGCAUCGAGAAGAAGUGGACAGAGGAUGAACUGAAACGUUUUGUGAAAGGUCUCAGAACACAUGGAAAAGAUUUCUUCAAAAUCCGAAAAGAUCUCUUACCAGGAAAAGAAACAGGGGAAUUAAUUGAGUACUACUACUUCUGGAAGAAAACUCCAGCAGCUGCCAGCAAUCGGCCACAUCGGCGUCACAGGCGACCUCCAUACAAGAGAAAUACAAGAUCUACGAGACCACCUUCAAGUGGAGUUGAACAAAGCUCUGCCAGUGAGUGUUCGGAUGAUUCGGAUGACAGCGGUGGUAGUCGGGACCUCAACAGAUACACAUGUAGACACUGCCUAACGACAGACUCCAAGGAUUGGCAUCAUGCAGGAAAAGACAAGAGUCUUCGCUGCACACAGUGUCGCCUCUACUACAAGCGACACGGAGAGGAGCGCCCCCUAGAGAGCCCUGAAGAUCCACCCUUCCUCUUUAAGCCAGUUAAAGAGGAAGUAGAUGCUUUGGGAGGUCGCCACAAUAUGCGAACAAGACAAUCCAGGGACUCAGGAAAAGGAAAUAAUAAAAAGAAAGAGAGUAACGGUGUGGACACUGAGGACAAUCGGAAGACCCCCAAAUCUCCCAGCAGCAGCAGUAGCUGUAGCACCAGCAGCUCCGACAAGGACAUCAAGCCAGAAAUCAAGAAAGAGGAACCAAAGUCAAAAGGAAAGAAACGUCAAGCCAACUCUGACAGUGACGACAAGUCGACUAAAAAGAAACGAGCAGAGGACCGGUCCGACUCAGAGUCAAUAUCCGACAGUAGCAGUGGUAGUAGUCUGGAGGACCUCAGUAAUGAAGGAGAUGUAGACAAUAAUCAGGAUGAUUUGAGCUCUUCGUCUCCUCCCAGCACACCUAGGUCUGUGGACACUGAAGUGAAAACUCAUCAGUCCUCCAAACCUUCAUCUUACAAUGACAGUACUCAAACCAGAGCCAUUGUCCACCCUGAACCUGUGAUUCCCUCCUCUAGUCCCACAUCACCCUCCUCCAAAUCCCUCACCUCCACCCCUCCCAUCACCCAGCACCUCACCAAAACUAAAACACCAUUGUCCCUUCCCUUAAAACCAUUCUGUUCCCAUCCAGACCCCAUACAUGUGAAUUCAAACUCGUUCUCUCACUCAGUAUUUACUUCUGUGAAUUCCUUGUCCUCAUCCGAUAGCCCAGCCUCACUCUCUACUGCCACAUCUGUGACUUCAUCAUCGUCUGCCAUUCGUCCCGAACCAACCCUGCAUUCACCAAAGGUUGGCAAUCACAAGCUGGAGUCAUCCAGUCAACCAGUCUUACAUAAACCAGCAUUUUUGGCCAAUCAGGAGCCAACCACUUCACUGUCUGUCCCAGAUCUAAAGUUCUCUUCAAACUCUAGCUUUGCUCCUGUAUCAGGGUUGCCAUAUCUAGAACAGCAGACGACACUGGCCCCUACUCUUGUGACUCCAGUUUAUCAAAAUGCUAUCAGCUCUUCUGGUUUGAGAGACUUGACUACAAUUAAGAAAGAAAGAGUGACACCACCCCCACAGGAAAGCCUUCCGGGCGUGUGCUUCAAAACCAAAGACAACAUUGAGUCAGACAAUCGAAAGAAAGCAGACAUUAACUUUGAUCUCAGUCAUGUGAAAACUGAACCUUCAUUAGACUUAUCCAUAGGGUCGAAGCAGUUUCCAUCUGUGUCGGAAUUGUCUGGACUUAACAAACCGUCAACGGAACGGCGGAGUGCUGAAGCGACAGGAACAAGUCACGUGGAGGCCAAGUCCGAGAAAUCACCAGAGAUUGAUAUGGAUGAUGCCGACAGUGAUAGAGAAGGAGGUGUGGUCACCAGAGACCCCACCCCAGAACCACCCCCUUCACAGUGUAAUGUGGAGGUACUUACUGGCAGCAAGGAAUCAAAGUACCGGUUAAUGAAAGUUUGGGACAGAGGUUCCAAUAUAUGUUCCCGAUGUGAUAUUGUACUGAAAGCUUUACCAGAGUCUAAACUGGCCCAGAAGCAGAAAAGUAGUGCACCUGUGGCCCCCAACCCUCCCCAGCAGACCCCACCAGUCAAGGUCGAGGAAAAGAAAAAACCCGAGACUCCGCCCCCAAACUCUACAGCUGACGCCCAGAUUACGAGCAGUCUGAUCAAUGUGCCACAGCACUACGAGAGGCAGACGACCCCCAGGUCUUAUCCAGACACACCAGCCUUAAGGCAGCUUAGUGAAUACGCCAAGAAACCCACCAUAAGCAUGGGUGGUGAGCCUUCACCAAUGUCCCAUCCUGGACCUUAUGGACCCUACCAUCCUGGGAUGGAUCACCUGCUGAAUUACAGAAUACCCAUGUACCCCCCGGGCUCCAGGGAAAGGUUGGAGCUGGAGCUUGAGAGAGACAAACGAGAAAGAGAUGCACGGGAGAGAGAGAUUCGAGAACGCGAGAUCAGAGAAAUGGAGAUGAGGGAGAAAAUGAAACAGGACUUGGAAAUGAAACCUCCAGGGCUGGAGCGAUUACUGCCUCCGCAUGGAUUAAAUCCCAUGGAUCCCCAGUGGUUAGAAUUCCAGAGGAGAUACGGAAAUUAUCCCCCAGCGGCACUCGGACACCCUGGUGGUCCCUCGGGGUCUCACAUACCAGGGGUGUACCCGCCCAGCAGCAUUGCCAGUGACCUGAUGCAGAGGGAGAGAGAAAGGCUGGAGAGACUGGGAGUACCCCCGGGUCCCCAUUUUCCACCGGAACUUUUUCAAUAUGGAUCUGCAGCAGUUGCUGAGCGAUUAUCUGCAGAGCGUCUCCACGCCGAGCGAAUGGCUCUGUCGGCGGACCCGUUGGUCCGACUGCAGAUGGCUAGCCUGGGACUGCCGACUCCUCCGGUGGGACCAGGGCCACCUGGUGCCCAUACUCACACUCAUUCACACUCACACACGCAUCUACACCUACAUCCAGGGGAGACCAACGCUGGAGGUGGCCCUCCUCCUCCCCCGUCACCUUUCCACCCCAUAGGGGGACCCCCUCCUUCCCUUCUGACUCCGUUUGGUCCAGGAGCCGACCCUCUAGCUGUGAGUGCAUCUUCGGGCACACCUGCAGGGCACCUCCCCUCUUUACCUCCCGGUCUCCCUCCCCAUGCGGGGCUUUUGUCCCGAGGGGAGCAGGAAAUGUUACAGAGCGAGUUUUACAGGAGAGCCGCCUACGCAGACCCAGGACUGGCCCAUCAGGUAAAGCUAUCAGCACAAGCUGCUCAACAUGAAGCAAUUCAGAGACAGCUGGCGAUGGAACGGGAGAGGUUCGGACACAUGCCACCGCACUGAAGACUCGGUAGCCAGCAGUGUGAGGAGCUGAAGACUCGGUAGCCAGCAGUGUGAGGAACUGAAGAUUUUUGGCACUUGGUUCAGUGAAAUACAAUCAAAGAAGAGCAGAUGGAUUCAGGAUCCGCGACUCUAGAGAGAUUGAAUCGUUGGUUAGAUUCGUGUCAAACCAAAUGGUGAACACAGUAUUUUAUAUUGGAGUGUCUUCACUCGGUGUCUAAUCAGUUCUGUGUACAUUUUGUGAUACUAGGAUCUCAGAACAUUUUAAACCAUGGACAGCCCUGACAGACUGCAACUGGUUUUAUUGUGCAACAGAGUCCAAUUUUUUGCAAUCUUCUAGUUAUUUUCUCUGUGAAGGCAGCUGAAUAUGGAUUCAAUGACAUACAAUCAGCAAAUAUAUUCCCAGAUGUUACAUGCUGUUAUUUCCCCCGCAAACCAUUAACUGUCAAGCUGUGAAAUAUCUGUAUACUCAGACUUAAUGAGACAUAUUCUAUGAAGCAUUCCGAUAAAAAGUGCUAUGUUAGAAUCCAUAGAAAUCCACUGUGUAUAUAUGUACAUUUGUGAUAUAUCUGCCAUUUAAGUAACUUGUUCAGCUGGAUCGGUUUUUUAUAUUUUAAAUUAUGAUAGUUAGAGAGAGGGCACAGAUUGGUUUUACAGUUUACAACGCAUGCCUCUGUUUGCAUCGGUAGACUAGAGGAACACCCAUUGGAAUGACACUAACAGAAUGAGACUGAAUAUUUUUUAAGAACUUUGAAUGUUGGCGUCAGUCUCAAAGACACAGACAAAUUUGAAUGAAAGUUUUUUUUUUUAUAUAUAAAAUUAGAAUUGCACAAUGCAUGCGAUUUUACUAGAUGAAUGCUUUAUUCAGUGUACACCAAAACACUGUGUUGGGAUGCAUGAAUGGAGCUGACUGUAACAGGAGGUGUAACAUUAAUUGAAUGGCAAUAAUUUAUCAUGCAACGCUGCAAGAGGCUGUAGCGUAACAGUCGUUGUGGACUUCGCUGGUGAAGUGAAGACAUAUUGCUGAGAAACCAUUGUUGUCAGAAGAGUCCAUUUUUAUGUCAUUUUUUUGUAUUACUUGUAUCUUGUGUGUGUGUGUGUCAUAAAUAUAUUAUUAUAAAGUAUUGAAAUUCAAUGAAAAGAUGAAAAAAUAAUAAAAUUAGAUGUCCUUCGGAACGAGGGAAUAAAAUAUACAGUGA